AUGAACUAUCCCGGGCAGAGUCCCUCUGGCAUCACAUUUCCCCAGGACGACGGCCUUCGUGUCGGGCGCCAGGUCCGCGGGCAGGCCCGGCUGCCAGUGCAGCCCGGCAGCCCCCGCCCACGGGACUCGCUGACUCCGGCUUUCUCGGGACGCAAAGGAGCCGAAACAUCGGCCCCAAAACCCCGCGAGGGGAAGGGUCCACGCCGUGGGGCUUCAGACCGGCCGCUCCGGGCCCGCCAGGUCCCGCCGGGGUGCCUGAGGGGGGCGGUUUCCCUGUCCCCCCCGAGGGCGCCCUGGGCCCGAGCCCCCGAGGAGCUGGUCCUGGCUCCCUCCCUGUCGGGGACCGCCUCGCCCAGCAAGUGUGGCCCGGCCCGCCCUGGAGCUCACCUUACGUCCCCUGCAGCCGCCCGUGGGUCAAUCGGUCCCAAAUUCCGUCCACACACAGCGUCUUCCGGCUCCUGCCGGAAGCAGCUCGAGCGCGGGACAGGAAGUUUGGCCGCCCCCCACGCACACACCCACUUUCUUGCCUCCAGGCCGAGCGGGGGGCCGCCGGGCGCCCCGGUUUGCGACGCAGGGCUCCGCGCCCGGACCCAAGGCGCCGUGGUCUCCCACCUCCCACUCAUUCUCUAUCGGCCUUCGGGGCUCCGAGGUCUGCAAAGCCCGCAAAACGGGUCGGUUCAUUCCCGCCGUGACGUCACCGCUUCCCUGCAGCGGCGGACGGGCCGUGGUACCUGUCGGCUGAGGUCUGUGCCAGCUACAAUGGAGGCGAGAACGGUCACUGCUGACUUUCAUCGGAGUUCUCAGCGAAGAGGAUCGCGAAGCUUCACCUCCCCGGGAAGGGAACUGCAGAACCUACCUCUGCAUUGUAUGCCGAGCAGGUGCUGCUUGCCAAACCAUGAAGAACUCAACGAAGACAGUGGCAGUGGGAAUUAAAGGAGUUCUCUAAGAAAGGCGCGUAAGAUUAAAGCCCCAUCAGGUCCAGGGGUUCCCAAAGGUGUGGACGGAGUCAGCGAAGAAGGAUGGACACGGAGGCAGCGUUCAGUUGAUCAGCAUACUAGCCAGGUUCUCUCGCCAGGUGUUCUAGCCAGGUUGUCUCUUUAUUGUCCUGUUACAUCUGUAUUUACACCAUUUGAUCCUAUAAGCAUGCUUCUAUAAUCACAUCAUGGUAUGUUUUGGGUCCUCCCUUGACCUACAUUUCCUUGUUUCAUGUCCA